UUUUUUUUCCCAGGAACGUUAUGUUGCGCUGUUGCCCAACCAGACAAUGAUCCCGAGUUCCCUGAUCUCUGUUCCCUGUUCUCUGUUCUCUGUUCCCUAUUCCCUAUUCCCUGUUGCGUGUUCCCUGUUUUGAAACGGGGGGCUAAGACGCGCCCACAAUCUGACACACCCGACCAUCCCACAACAUUUUUGGUUAUUGGUAGUUGUUGAUUUGGGGGAUUUUUUGCGGCUACAGUGCGGCAGUAUCCUGACGCUUUGGUGGACACAGCUUAAAGGCCAACAACAGAAAAUACUACCACACAAAGAUCACGAAGACUCGGCGAAAGCGGUGAAAUCCAAGAAGGGUGCGGGGAGGACAGCCAGAGGGCGACGGUGCAUCAUUAGCUUAAGGCCUACGAGCGCAAGAGGAGCAGAUGGAAGCAACAGCGGUACGGAAGCAGACUGCUGCCGAACCUUCGGCGGCUGCUCCAUCGCAAGGUGCACCGCGAUUGGUACAUCCACGCCCCCCUCCGGAUACCGGUGACACCGCCACCGCCGCCGGCGGCACUGGCGUAAACGCCUCCUGCAAUCCCACCACCAGCCAUUGGAGAGAGUACCUAAACCGUAUCGCUGGUCUCUGCGAUGAUGCUAGCAACGCUGAGGGCCCUCCCGCCGCCGACCUCAUCCGCCCUCCUAACAAUCUCCUGGCCCAUCCGCAACGACAACGGGGGCCGGGCUCGAUUGCAAAUACGGUGGAGCCACUUGCAGCCGACUGUCCUGCCAUCGGAUGCGGCGGUGUCACGAAUCAUUCUAGCGACAGCAACGGUGCUGUACCGCCGAGAGACGGACAUGACAUGGAUGUUCCCUCGAAACACAAGCAGGUUCUCAUCCUCUUGGACAUGAACGGCACCUUGCUGCGCCGAGCGAAAAAGCCUCUGAGGGUUUCGAAUGAUGGCGGCGGCGGCGGCGGCGGAGGAAACUCGACGUGGGGGGCCCCGGCGUUUGUCCACGGGGAGAACGUCCCCCUCCACUACUACAUGAGGCCCGGAGCCGCGGAGCUCGUGGCGGCGUUGGAGGCACACCCCCGGGCGCGACUGGCGUUCUACACGUCUAUGCGAGGCGUGAACGCCCUCCCGGCGGCACGCUUUCUCAUGCCCGACGACAGCAGUGCAGCACCCGAGGUAUACGACCGACCGUUUAACGCACGGGACCCCCACGGCGCCAACGCCUGGGACACAACCCGCGACCUGCCGCUCAUUUGGUCCACGCCCGGCCGCACGGGGGCGGGCUUCGGUCCAGGCAACACCAUCAUGGUGGACGAUACCCCGAGAAAGAUGCGGUUCAUGGACGCGGGCUUGGUGGUCGUUCCGGAGUUCACGGAGGCGUGCGCUCUCGAGGCACUGGGCGGUGAGACGGGCGGCGUCGAGUCGGAGGAGGAGGCGGAGAGGAGGGAGGCUGCUGCGCGUGCACAGCGGGAGGUUUUGCCCCGUUUGCUCGAUUACUUGAGGCGAUUGCUCCGUCGUCUGCUGGACGAAAGCGGCGAGGACGUGCGGCCCUUCAUCGAGCGAAACCCUUUCCAGCCGCGACCCUCCUCCUGGUUAUGCACCGAGAAGGAAGAAGAACAACAAGACGAGAGUGUCGCUUCCCCUCCGACUACGCUGUCUUUCUUGCAGGCGGUAGAGCUAGUGCUUACCACCGGCCCUCUGUUCCGGGAGUGGCGGGACGACGAUGGGCGUGGUGGCUCCCCGGUGGUACAUGAGGCAGAUGCGUCGGAGUAGGCUUCCCCAUCAGAAGGAGUUGCACCACUAAAGGCAGGCAGGUGUGAAGGAGGGAGGUCAACCUUUGAGGGGUUUGGUAAUAAUGUGGAGGCGUCGGUGGUGGCCUCGGUCCUAGAGCUGCUGCGAAGGGCGACAGCGGCGGCGGAAAGGUGGGGGCUUUCGCAGCAGGAGCGGGAGAGGCUGGCUUUGUGGUCGAGAGCAGCAGCGGCAACGGCUUCCUAGAUUUCGGGGUACCACCGUGCUGACUGAUCGCCGUCAUUUCGUGUUUUUUUUUUUGUUGGGCUGCAUGCUGACGGUUCGAUUAUUUUUUUCGUCACAAACAAGUUGCACGUUACAUAUGACGCCGGAAGCGGUGAGAGGUUGAACAGUGAGCGAGGGGCAAGCCGCGCGGUUUGACCAUCGAGCCUUCAGACGAGUCAUUCCCUCUGGUAUUCGUUCUACUUCGCUUUAUGGCAUUGGCUUUGAAGCCGCGACACGUGGCGCGAUAAGGGAAACAGAAGGCGCGGACCAGCGGUUUCAGGCGAAAACAGGACAGUUACGGUGAAAUACUGUGGACGGACCGCCGGCUCUUUUCCUCAAUCAUGGCGCAAAGUGAUACAUGGGACCAAGUCCCCACCUUAACUUCCGUCUUCCAUAGCAACCUCUCCUACCUGGACAGCGCCUCACGGGCGUUCCGUCACUUGCGCUUUUUUUUUUUUCAGAAGCCCAAGGAAGAAAGUUUCACGGUGCCCUCGUGAACGGGCUUUGGCUCGUGUCACCGCCUUUUCUUUGUCUCGGAAGUUUACAACCCCGUAUUCCCAAGCGACAUGAAUGCUUUCGACGCAACCAGUAUCGAAAUAGCACCGUCCAACGAAACGCAACCUAAAAUCCAUCGACAAGCAAGGUAAUGAGAACGGGCGCUACGCCCACAUGCUACUAUUUUUUAAAAUAAAACUGGGAAGCAGCACAACAACGCCGAAUCACACCAACAACACGGCGACGGCAAUCGCGACAUGAGGCCACAGCGCAAGGCGACGCGAGGGAAAAAGAACAAGAGGAGAUGGCGACAGGCCGUCGACCAAGAGAACCUUACGGUAUUCCCCUCGAGUUUUAGUACUGGGGAUACCCUAUGAAGACCGUGUGUAGUUUUGGACAGCAGGGGCACCACACAAAACACGAAACCCAGCCUUUGCCUCCCUAAUCAACCUUCAGAGAGCAACAGUCAAAGGAAGGACAGGGGGCCCAAAACGACAACAGGCUUGGUGGGGGGGGGGGGGGGGGACAUGCUCACAACACAAGGACUUACAACAUCGAAUUCAACACACCAUAAAAAGCACUAGUAAGCAUCAAUACGCAUCAGCCUCCCUGCAUUUUUGUUCGUCCACUUCCACAAGAAACUUUUCGCAGCAACACUCGGUCUGUCGCCGCUGUUAUUCGAGGGCUGGCUGCAAUCUUCAUGAAUGCAACCACCCCCGCCCGACCUUUAGUCGUCACUCCACCCUUGGGAGCGUUCGCCAACUUACCCGCCUGCCGCCUACGAUACAAGCCGAGACCGGGAACAAACGAACAUGAACACACGCAAAAUUGUCCAGAUAAAAACCGAGCUACGUCUCGCUCUUUCCUGCGUUGCUAUCAAGAUGACGCGAAUGGCUCACACACAUAAUAAAUCGGCUGAGUAAACAGCUGCUAUUAAAGGUGGCAAUGAAGACCCACAGGACCGCGACUCAACCCACACCUCACGACCGUAAAAGUAGCCCCUCCCCCUCCGCAUUCCUCCCUUGCGCAAACCCAUCAAUGCCAAUAAAAAACAUGCCCGUGGGCUACAGUACCUCGUGCACACCACACCGCCUCCUUGAUGUUGUAGCGUCAAGACUAGGGUGACGCUUGACCCAACGACCAGCAAGAGACAACAACGCCAACGCAACAAUAUUUUCCACCAACGGCGUCGCCUUUUCCCCUAAAAAACAAAAUCAUAAGCAAUGUUCGACAAGAAACAUAUGGUACGUGUCCCGUAAAGGAGGAACGGUUUAGCAGCCAGAUAGAUCUACAGGACGCGAUCGAUCGCGGAGCAACUAAUUUUUCAUCUUUCUCCGAUUAUCCGACGAGCGUCUCCAAGAAACCACCAACCUAGAAAACUUGGUUUGCGUCGAGGCGCGUCGGUGUUGCGUUGCCCGCCGGCCCAGUGUGGUACGCCAAAGCGAGACCACCUCAAUUUCCCCAACUUUCCCGCCCACACACACGCUCACACGUCGGGCCCAGUUUCACCCUUUCCAACACAAAUGUG